AUGGUAUCGCCUCUUGAUGCUUUGGAACUCAAGCCCUCCAUGAAGAGCCGACAACCGCUCUGUCGUACUCGGACGCUUGAUACCGCCCGCGCUCACACCUUUGGUGGGAGAAGAGACAACAACAGCAGCUUCAGUGGGGGGUUCGACUUUCCGGGGGUACCCGAUCAACACGGACCAGCCAAGCCCAAAUCCAACAAACACGUUCGUUUUGCAGACGAAAAGGAAAACACUUGUCAUGUCCUUGACCCCAUCUUCGAAGACGCUGACGAUCUUAAGGAAUUCUACGUGCUACCGGACGAACUCCGGGAAAUCAAAAGGCUAGGGUUCAUGGCCUGCAAGGAAGCGCAACGGACAGGAUUGGCGGGGCUACUCACGGAAAUCUACGGGACAUCCAAUGAAAGGGAUAUUCAGGACCGGUUAAACUAUUGGUGUCGCAUGGGUAGCGCCUGCCGAGGUCUGGAGCGAUUUGCCAAUGAGGAACUGAGCAAGAGAAGGAAUAUUUUUCGCAAACGUGCUAUUGUCAGCGUCCUGGAGGCGCAACAGCAACUCAAGAACGAAAAGGGCAUCGAUACUGCCAACGUCCUUAGGCGGUUGAGUGAAGCUUAUACGGAACAAGCGCGUUUGUUUGCUCUCAGAUUAGCGGCCGCAGAUUUCCAUGCCAUUCAGACGGUCAAGGCACCCCCACCUCCGCCAAGGUCCCCCAAGGCUGGAUCCCCCAAGAGCACCCAAGAAGAAAAGGCGGACGACAUUAAUGGCAGUGCUCAACGUCGUGGAAGUGCUCAGCGUGUCAGCCGCAAGUCGCGAGCAGAAAGAAUGAAGGAAAGGGCAGCCGCGGAAAAAGGCACGGCAACACCAGCAGCAGCAGCUGCUCAGCUCCAAGGGGAAAAUGGGGUUUUGUUCCGAAGAAACAAUACGACCAUGACCGCUGUGGUGCUGCAACAAAAAUCAUCAACCAAUUCGGAUGUGGUGCCAUAG